AUGGAGUCGAAUAGUCAUAGUGCUACAGAUGAGGUUCUUGUCUCAAAAAAGGGCAAAAGGAAGCAGAAAGGGUACUUGCCAACUGAGUUGGUGAAGAUCUUCCAUGUCUGGCUGUAUGAGCACCGGUUUAAAGCCUAUCGUUCAAAGGUAGAGAAAUGUAUGCUGACGGAGCAGAUAAGUUUGUCUUUUCCGCAGUUUUCUAACUGGUUCAUCAAUGCCCGCAGACGCUUUCUUCCGGAAAUGCUUUUAGAGGAUGUAAGUGACCCCAACCAGGUUACCAUAUAUCACCAAAAAGGCAGUGCUGCUGAUGUGACCCACCAGCAGGGUGGCUAUCUAUCUAUUGAUGCCAAGUCAGGGCUCAGAGCUGCAGACAAGAUAAAAUGUCUGUCCUUGAGCCCCUCGCUGAUGAUCCAGGGAUCAGGGAAACUGCCCAAUCUAGAGUUGGUCCCAGGCCAGAGGCUCACCCCUAAGGCCCAGAUAAGUGAAAAGGUCGUGAUUUUCACCAGUGGGCCCUUGCUUAUACCUUCUCCCAAACCUGUGGUGACAGGGGAAUACAAGGACUUCAGCAGCUUCCAGCGGCUGGUCGAUGCAGCCGUACAACAGUCUGCUGAACUGGAGCUACAGAUAAAGAAGAGUCCAUCCCAUGAUUUCCCGCAUCUCAAAAAAUCCCAGCCACCAAAACCAGCAAAACCUGUCAGAGUGCCAGCCGUAGAAUUAGACAUAACUGUAACUGCUAAAGCCAGGAAAGUGCCUGAGGCAAUGGACAAAAUGCUACUGGUGCAGUCCCAGCCCCAGAGAUGGCCACUACCACCAGUCUGUGACAGGCACAGGUUACUGUCCACACCUUGCUGA